AUGAUCGAUCUUUGUAAUAAAAAUUCAGAUUCACUUGUGUUGAGUGGCGAUACAGAUUCACUUUCGAGUGUAAUUAUCGCAGGAACUGAUAGUAUUCCAGUUGAAAUCGAUACAGCUUCCAAUUAUGUUUGUGCUUCUACCAAUAUAAUAUUCGAAUCUUUCUUAACAGCUAAAAAGAAAUGUGAAGGAUGUACUCAAUAUCCUCCUCAUUACAAAUCAACACCAACAGCAGAAAACAUUAUGUGUGACUCACCUUAUUGCCACAGCAUUGGAAAUGUAUGUGAGAAACAAAGUAAAUUCGAUCCAGCUACUUGUUCUUUCGUUUCACAACUUGAAAAUGGUGCUUCUAUCAGAGAACAAACUGAUGGACCUACUUUAACAAAAGCAAUAUUUGGUGUUGGUCCAAAUUGUCCAAAUUGUCCUCCGAGUCCUUUAUAUUCGAUUCUAUCUACACUUAAAAAACCUUAUAUAUUUGGAAUAUCAUUAGAUAGAAACUAUUUUGGUGGAAUUUCUUUAGGUUUAAUAGAUCCUCUUUUAUAUACUAAAACAAUAAAUUAUACAAAUAUGUUAAAGAAUGAUGGUUUAUACGCUAUGACACCGAUAUUGAAAUCAGUAUGGAAUAAUGCGACUUGGAACUCUGAUAGGAUUCAAGUUCCUAAAGUAGUUCUUAAAUCAACAUCUACUCUAUCGUACUUACCAACCGAUGCCUUUCAGUCAUUCAAAACAUUUCUUAAAUUAAAUUGUGGUGCUAAAGAGAUGUGUGCGAAAAUGGAAAAUCUAUUCACAUCUAUCGAUUGUUUUUAA